AUGCAAUUAAAAGAAUUGGUUAAUCAAACUAUACCUUCUUCAAACAUCUUACCAAGUGUUUGUCCACCUUCCAAUACUGGUGUCGGUUCAUCUGCUAUUUCUGCUAGUUCUAGCAAUGCUUCAUCAUCAUCUUCUACUUCUUCACAAAAGAUAAGUCUACCACCUAUUUCAGAUAUUUUACAAACCGCUAUACUGGCUUCUACUCCACCACCUCCACCACCUCCACCACCUCCAUCUUCAUCUAGACAACGACAAUCGUUACCGCCAUUAAACCAAUUGCCGCCAUUAUCACUUGUUUCAAACAAUUCUAAUAACAAUUAUAAAUAUCAUGACUAUUAUUAUAGUCAACAACCUCCACAACAACCAGAAAGAGUAUCUCCAAACUUACCACCAUAUAAUUUUUCUCAUCAGCAAAAUCCACAACAACCAUAUCAAUAUAAUUCUUCAACUCCACCAACUUUGUUAUUAAGAAAUAAUUCUUAUCCAAAUAGUACAUCUUCUUCAACUACUUCAAUUUUCAAUUCUCCAUUAUCAUCACCAAAUGCUAAUAAUCAUCUUAAUCAAAAGAGAAAAACAAGAAAUAAUUUACCAAAAGAAAUUACAUAUAUUUUAUUACGAUGGUUAAAUGAUCAUUUAAAUCAUCCAUAUCCAAGUUCUUUUGAAAAGAAUGAAUUGAUGGCUUUAACUGGUUUAAAUCAACAACAAUUAAGUAAUUGGUUUAUUAAUGCUCGAAGAAGAAAGAUUAAGACUUUAAAAGAACAAAAAAGGUUGAAUUUUUGA